CGUUCCCCGUCGUGCAGCAGGGCCGAACUCUCGUCCCUCGGGUUGUUGUUGUUGUUUUUCGGUCACAGUUUCGGAGCUAAAGUAACUAUACACGGCACAAUUACGCGUGCCGCUGCCAUAUACACUCGAAGCGUGUCCCCGGGAAGUAAGAUACGAGCACGAAAUAUCACAAGUUCGUACCGAGUAUAGCCAUCCGCGGAGAAUGUCGGUGAGCGACAGUGACAGCGAGAAGAGAAAGCAGAUCUCGGUACGGGGUAUCGUCGACGUUGAAAACGUCGCCAACUUCAAGAAGACCUUCAACCGGCAUCUCCACUACACCCUCGUCAAGGACAGAAAUGUCGCGACCUCGCGCGACUACUACUUUGCCCUCGCGCACAGCGUCAAGGACAACCUCGUCUCCCGCUGGAUACGCACCCAGCAGUACUACUACGAGACCGAUCCCAAGAGAUGCUACUAUUUGUCCCUCGAGUACUACAUGGGCCGAACAUUGCAAAACACGAUGAUCAACUUGGGUAUUCAGGGCGCCUGCGACGAAGCCAUGUAUCAGAUGGGCCUUGACAUCGAAGAGCUGCAGGAGCUGGAGGAGGACGCGGGUCUGGGAAACGGAGGUCUCGGGCGCCUGGCCGCGUGCUUCCUCGACAGCAUGGCUACCUUGGGUUUGGCAGCCUACGGCUACGGCAUCCGCUACGAGUACGGUAUCUUCGCCCAGAAGAUCAAGAACGGCGAGCAGGUCGAGGAGCCCGACGACUGGUUAAGGUACGGCAACCCCUGGGAAAAGGCGAGGCCCGAGUUCAUGCUGCCCGUCAACUUUUACGGCCACGUGAUCGACGCUCCCGAGGGCAAGAAGUGGGUCAACACGCAGGUCGUGUUCGCCAUGCCCUACGACAAUCCCAUCCCGGGAUACAAGAACAACGUCGUCAACACUCUGAGACUGUGGUCGGCCAAGUCGCCGGUCGAGUUCAACUUGAAAUUCUUCAACGACGGCGACUACAUUCAGGCCGUGAUCGACAGGAAUCUGGCGGAAAACAUUACGAGGGUACUUUACCCGAACGACAACUUCUUCGAGGGUAAAGAGCUGCGCUUGAAGCAGGAGUACUUCAUGGUGGCGGCCACCCUGCAGGAUAUCAUUCGCCGUUACAAGUCGAGCAAAUUUGGCUCUAAGGAGCACCACAGGACUGAUUUUGACGCUUUCCCGGACAAGGUGGCCAUCCAGCUGAAUGACACCCAUCCGUCCCUCGCGAUCCCCGAGCUCAUGAGGAUCCUCAUUGAUAUCGAGGGCCUCUCAUGGGACAAGGCUUGGGAAGUGACAGUCCGUACUUGCGCCUACACGAAUCACACCGUACUGCCGGAGGCGCUGGAGAGGUGGCCCACUAGCAUGCUGGACAGCAUUCUGCCGAGACACUUGCAGAUCAUCUAUCACAUCAACUUUUUACAUCUGAAGAGAGUCGAGGCCAAAUUCCCAGGUGACUUGGAUCGUUUGCGUCGCAUGUCUCUUAUCGAAGAGGAAGGCGAGAAGCGCGUAAACAUGGCCCACUUGUCAAUCGUCGGCAGUCACGCUGUCAACGGUGUGGCCCGCAUCCAUUCAGAAAUUUUGAAAGACUCCGUCUUCCGAGAUUUUUAUCAGCUCGACCCGCAAAAAUUCCAAAACAAAACCAACGGCAUCACUCCCAGAAGAUGGCUUUUGCUCUGCAAUCCCAAUCUGUCCGAUGUCAUUGAAGAGAGAAUUGGAAGCGACUGGACCGUACAUUUGGAGCAGCUCGAGCAGCUCAAGCAGUUUGCCAAAGAUCCGUUAUUCCAACGCGCUGUCGUUAAAGUUAAGCAAGAGAACAAGAUGCGACUCGCCGAUAUUCUCGAGAAGGAAUACGGAGUCAAGGUCAAUCCCUCGUCGAUCUUUGACAUUCAGGUCAAACGUAUUCACGAGUACAAGCGCCAGCUGCUCAACUGCCUGCACGUCAUCACAAUGUUCAAUCGCAUUAAGGCUAACCCGAACGCGGCCUUUGUGCCCCGCACUGUGAUGAUCGGCGGCAAGGCUGCGCCCGGUUAUCAUCUUGCCAAAAAGAUCAUCAAGCUCAUUUGUAGCGUCGCUCAUGUCGUCAACAACGAUCCCAUUGUCGGAGAUAAGCUCAAGUUUAUCUUUUUGGAGAACUACAGAGUCACUUUGGCGGAAAAGAUUAUCCCCGCUGCCGAUCUCAGCGAGCAGAUCUCGACUGCCGGUACCGAGGCAUCGGGAACCGGUAACAUGAAAUUCAUGUUGAACGGCGCACUAACCAUCGGUACUCUCGAUGGAGCCAAUGUCGAGAUGGCUGAGGAAAUGGGUGAUAACAAUAUCUUUAUCUUUGGAAUGACUGUAGACGAAGUUGAGGAGUUGAAGAGAAAAGGAUACAACGCCUACGAUUACUACAACAAAUUGCCAGAGGCAAAACAAUGUAUCGAUCAAAUCCAAGGAGGAUUCUUUAGUCCCAACAAUCCAGGAGAGUUCCAAGACAUUGUCGAUGUUCUGCUCAAGUGGGACAGAUUUUAUCUUCUGGCUGACUAUGCCGACUACAUCAAAACUCAGGACAAAGUAUCCCAAACUUAUCUCGAUGAAUCGAAAUGGGUUGAAAUGGCCGUUCAUAACAUCGCCUCGUCUGGUAAAUUUUCAUCAGAUCGAACGAUCGCUGAGUACGCCCGAGAAAUUUGGGGCGUUGAGCCCAACUGGCAAAAACUGCCUGAUCCUCAUGAGCCACGUGAUAUUUAAAUUUUUUUUUAAUGUUUAUUAUUAUGUUAAGAUGGUAAAUCAGCAUCUCUCAUCGCAUACCAGGCAAGAUAUGCCUCAUGGAAGAUUUUUUUUAUUAAUACAAUUCGACUCACGCACUUACGCUUUUCCAUGUACAUUUACAGGUAGAUGACAUUUAAAUUAAGUCAAAAUUAAUGGAAUUGUAGACACCUAUACUUUGAUUAUUGUUACAAAUUUUUAAGUUUCGGUCGACAUAGAUUCUUAAAUGACGAAAACAGAACGAAAAGUUCGAUAGUAUUAGGAAAAUGUGGCACACUGUCGUGUGAAUCUAAAAGUGUUUUUACAUUUUUAGAGCUACUAUAUUAUCGUUAUUAUUAUUACUGUUAAUUGCCUUUACUUAUUAGUUUAUACUUUUGAACCAUUUAAAUUUUCUAUGUACAUGUAUUUUCUAUUUUUUCUUGAAACUCCUCUAGUCUCCAAAAAAAUCGUGACGAAACUUUUUUCGUUUUUGUAAAAAAAAUUUCACAGUUGCAAUCAUUUCGUUACACAUUAUAGAUUUUAGAUUGAACAUUGGGAAAUACGUAUAGCUUUUGACAAACAUCGUCGUUUUAUUUGUUAUCAAAGGCAAACUGAUGUAUCCAAUACUCAGUGCAUAGGGUUAUUAUAUUGUUAAUAAUUUUAAAUCUUUUAACUCGCGCGUGUUCCAAAGAAUUUUUUUUUCUGUUACGUUACAAAAAAAAUUAAAUUAUAUUGGCUUAAUCGUAAAGUUCCUCUAUUUAAAGUACAAUGUAUUCUAACUGAGAAACAAUUUUAUAGACACAUUUACAAAUGACAACGAAACGCACAAUGGAAAAUCCUAUUGAUAUUUUUACAAAUUUUAUGCGGAAUAACGUAGCCGAGACGUUUAUCGAUAUACCAAGAUUUAUCUUUGUGAGAUUGUUAUACAGUACGAUUGUUAAGGAAAAAAAUAAAAUAAAAAAAACAAAUUUUAAAAAAGUCAGAAUACUCAAACCACAAACAACCACGAAGGCUGACCUAUUUUCAUAAUACAAACUGGAAGUAAUAAUAACAAAACAAUGAAUACAUCCGUGUGAUGAAGGACUCUGUUACUUAAACAAAAAGAACGUACGUCUCGAUAUCGCAACGCAUGUAACAAAAAAUAUAUAUGUAUAUUAUAUUUAUACACAAAUGAACUGAUGAAUGUGAAAGAUCUAUUAUGCAAUAAAACAAAACAAAAACUUUUAUUCAAACAA